UUGUUGCUCGCGGUUACACAGGUUGACCGCGCCCUCCCGACAAAUUCUCUCCUCCUUCCAUAAGAGCCACCACCGACCCCGGCCGGGCUACGGGUCAUCUUCUUCAUCCCCGGCGCGGCGGCCCUCCUCUUCUUCCCCUGCAAUAAUCUAGCUAGAGUGUGUUCUUUUUCAUCAGCAGAUCGAGGGGCAUUAUGGGGCGCGUGAAGCUGCAGAUCAAGAGGAUCGAGAACAACACGAACCGGCAGGUGACCUUCUCGAAGCGGCGGAAUGGCCUCAUCAAGAAGGCCUACGAGCUCUCCGUCCUCUGCGACAUCGACAUCGCGCUCAUCAUGUUCUCCCCCUCCAAUCGCCUCAGCCAUUUCUCCGGCAGGCGCAGGAUCGAGGACGUGAUCACGAGGUACAUCAAUCUCCCGGAGCACGACAGGGGAGGAGUCGUUCGGAAUAGAGAGUAUCUGAUCAAGAUGCUUACACAACUCAAAUGCGAGGGUGACAUAGCCGAACAACUUGCACCCAAUAAAGGGCCAGUAAACUCCAAUGUAGAGGAGCUUCAGCAGGAGAUCAGGACAUACCAACACCAGCUGCAAGUCUUGGAGGAGCAACUUAGGAUGUUUGAGCCGGAUCCGGUGGCAUUGGCAUCGAUGCAUGAGGUUGAGACGUGCGAGAAAUUCCUCAUGGACACCCUCACCCGCGUCGAGGAGCGAAAGAAAUAUUUGCUGUGCAACCACAUGGGCCCGUUCGAGCCGUCGCCCUCCGACAUGCACCACGUGUUCGGCCUGCCGCCGCCGCCGCAGCCACCGGCGCAGCAGCAGCAGCACGAAGAGGAGCCGCAAGGGGACCUGGGCGUCAACGCGUUCGCCGGCGACGUGUCCUCGUGGUUCGCCGACGGGCUGCCGACGUCGUCGAUCUUCGCGGGGCCAGACCCCAUCUUGUCCUUCAGGGAUCAGGUGAUCUUCGACUCGAUGAGGCGGGACCCAGUCGUGGGGGGAGUGGACCCAGGAAUAGCCUCGAUGUGCCACGUGGACCAGCAGGCCCCUAGCGAUGACUGGCAGCAAGCGUACACGUCAGCGGAGCUCCUCUCCGCGCUCAUCCCGUCCACGCCUUUCCCCCUUGACGACCAGAUGCAGGACGCCAUGGCGCCAGUGCUCACGUCUCCAAUGGCGGUGCCGCCGCACAUGCACGAGCAAGUGGUGGAGGCGCCGGGGAACUGCUCCAACGUCAACGUGCCGGUGGACGGGGACUGCGCCGCCACCGCCACCCCUGCCGCUGCCCCUGUCGCUCCUCAGGAGCACGGCCUGCCCGGCGCGGUCAACAUCGGCUAGCUGCAUCUCCAUGUCCGUCCGGCUCUUUCGCUUGGUCACUUCUUCACCAAGCAUGGCAGGCAAGGAUGCAGCCACGAUGUGCUCUAGUUUCACAUUGACAAGAUUUUUUAUUUAUCUUUCAUUACAAUUUGGUAAAUUCCAACAAUGUAAUCUCCCACAAACUACCAUUACCAACAGUUUUUAGUUAGUGAAAACCAACAAACAAAUUGGUAGCCACUUAUAAAUAAAAAGAAGCCAUUGGAAAUAAAGUUAGUAUUAUAGUUGUGCAUAACUCAUUUUCAAUAUUUGGUGUUGGAUCCUUUUGUGUGGAGUUUUCAUAAAGAUGACACUUUAUCAUAGUCAAGUCAAUGUAUAAGCAUCUUGUCAACAACAGAGUCAAGAUUACACAUGAAAUUUUGCAUAUGGAAUUACCACUCAAAAUGAAAAAAAAGACGUGGCAUUUUAAAAGAGGGAUCAUCCUUACUAAGGAUAAUUUAGUUAGGAGAAAUUUAAAUGGUUCAUUUUGUAGUAAAUUAGAAACUAUCCAACAUUCUUUGAAUGUCAUUAUGCGAAGUCCCUAUUGUCUGUCAUACACUUGGUGUUAGUGUUCAACUCCUACAAAAUUAAGUUUGUUUGUUUAAUUAUAAGACUAAAUAAGGAGUUCGUAUAAUAGAUCUUUUUUAUUGAUGGGAAGUGUAGAGUUUUGUUGGGCGAUUUGACUCAUAAGGAACGAAUUCGUGUUCAAUAAUGGGCAAACACAAAAAAUAUAGUACUAUUAUUUUUUUUAGAAUUACAUAGUACAACGUGAUUUUAGUGUUAGGCUCUGUUCCAAUAUAUUGAAGAAAGGAUGAAAGGUUAAGGUGUGCCAGGUACUAGGCUUAAGAGUUAUGCAGUUCCUAGUGUCCCAUGGAUGGCAUUUUAGGUUUUAUAAGAAAAGGUAUCAAUUAGCUAGCGAAAUGGGGGAUCUUUCUUUUUAGCACAUCUCAUGACUCAUGAGGAUUAAUGUGGAGGUUCUUUGGCAUCAGUAAAUGAUAGGCUUUGUAUCAGAUGAAUAACAAGUGCUAAGUGCUAACCUAUAUUUAAGUGCACGAAACUCGCUAGCUCGCUCGACUCGCUCGUUAAUGGCUCGGCUCGAGCUCGACUCAUUUUAUAACAAGCCAGCUCGUUCUGAAACAAGCCAGCUCGAUUUAUAACGAGCCAGCUCGAGCCAGCUCGCGAGCUGUUUGUUAGCUCGAACGAGCCAGCGAUUUCACAAGCCAAGCACCUGUAUUUAGCUCGCCCAUAUAUCUCUUGAUGUCUCAUUUACCUUGGCCCAGCCCAAACUUAAAACCCUAAAUAUAUAUAACACACACACAGAUAUCCUCGGCACCAGGAGCCGCCGCAUGAACAGGAGCCAAGCCCCACACGGCCACACCACAUGUACUCUUUUCCUCUUCCAUCUCAUGAUACAGGAUAGGAGCCGCCGCCGGCCGCCUGCUGCCGUUCGUCGCCCCAGGCCCGCCGCGAGUAGCACGUCGCGCAUCGCUGGCCCUCGCAGCAGCCCGCAAGUGAUGGAAGAUGAGGAAGAAUCCCCUAGGACGCUUCCUCCGGUGCUUCAAGUGUUGAAUCGAGGAUGAACCGCAAGAAGAUGCCCGCUUCGACAGGCAAUCGCGGUGGUCGCGGCUGAGGUCGAGGAUUUGUACCCGCGAAGUCCACUGCUCCAUCGACCUCCAUAUCAACAGACACAAACACAAAUAUGCAUUUGGAGCCUUUGGCGGAGGUUGAAGACCAUAACGAGGACUUUGAUAUGAAUGCUGAAAUAUCAGUUAGUGUGCCAACAAAUGAUGAUCGAGUUACGAAGGAGGUUGGAGAUGAUGUAAGUGUGCCUUCAAGUCCUUCGAAAGCAACUAGAGGGCGGAAAGGAAAGAGGUCUGGUGUGCAUUUAUCCCCUUCUAAGGUCAAGGUAAAGAGAGGAAAGAGGGCUGGUUGUUGGAAGUAUUUCAAAGAGAUAAAUGUUCAAUCUAAUAAGGAGUUUGGUGUUAUGGUGACAAAGGUUAAGUGUAGAUUUUGCCAUAAGAGUUAUGCAUACCAACAAGGUGGAGCAACUUCACAGCUGAAUCAUCACCUUAGCCGCUGCACACAGUUUCAGAACAAGCUUGCUAAGGCUAAACGAAUACUUGCUCAAGGUACACUCAACUAUGUUGCAGAUGAUGGUUGUCUUGUUAUUAAUCCUACCGAAUAUGACCAUGAGCACACCAAAAAAUUGAUUGCAAAGAUGAUAAUUGUCCAUGAGUAUUCUUUUAGGAUGGUUGAGCAUAAAUGGUUUAAUAUCUUGAUGAAGUGGAUGAAUAGCAACUAUGAAUCUAUUGGUAGGAAGACUAUAAAAAAUGAAUGCAUGAAAGUUUAUGAAUCUGAGAAAGAGUUGCUAAAGAAAAAUCUUAGGCAAGCUGAAUCAAUUAGUUUGACUACUGAUUUGUGGACAUCAAAUCAAAAUGUUCAGUACAUGUGUUUGGUGGCACAUUACAUAGAUAGUGGGUUUUGCAAUGUCGUGUUCUUAACUUUGUUGAGUUAGAUCCUCCCCACACUGGUUUGGUGAUAGCUCAUGCUGUUUUUGAGUGUUUGGUGGAAUAGAAAAUAGAAGAUAAGGUUAUGUCAAUCACCCUUGAUAAUGCUUCAAAUAAUGAUGUUGCUACUACAAAUUUGUCAGCCAAGCUGCUUGCUAGAAAGAAUGGUCAGUUUGAUCCCAAAUAUUUUCAUGUUUGUUGUGUUGCUCGCAUAGUUAAUUUGGUUGUUAAUGAUGGUCUAGAACCAAUAGAAGGUCUCAUAAGUGAUCUAAGGAAUACUGUGAAAUAUUUUAAGAGGUCUCCAAGUCGCCUGUACAAAUUUGUAGAGGUAUGCAAUGAUUAUGCUAUUCAAGUUGGGAAAUGUUUGUCUCUUGAUGUCAAAACAAGGUGGAACUCAACAUAUAAAAUGCUUAACACUUGCAUUGAGUAUAGGUCUGCAUUUGGUUAUUAUGCUGAAGUGGACCAGAACUAUGCAUGGAAACCUACAGAUUCUGAAUGGGACAUGUAUGAGAAGAUUAGGCCAAUUCUAGGAGAGAUGGCUGGAGCAACUACUGCAUUUUCAGGUUCAGUUUAUCCUACUGCUAAUGUCUUCUACCCUUACAUUUUGAAAGUCAAGCUUGCAUUGUUGAAGGCAAAAAAUGAGGAGGACCCAUAUUUGAAGAACAUGGGUGCUGCAAUGUUAGACAAAUUUAAUAAAUAUUGGGAAGAGAAGAACAAUGUAAUGGUUAUUGCUACAAUCCUUGACCCUAGGUUCAAAAUGAGAUAUAUUGAGUUCUAUUUUAGGAAGCUUUAUGGCUCCUCAAGGUGUGAACAAGAGGUUGCUGAUAUAAAAAAAGAGUUAGAAGAGUUGUACAAGAAGCAUGAGUUAGAGCAACGCCGGAAAAUGGGUGGCAGUAGCAGUUCAUCAACCACUCAAUCAGCCUCAUCAUCAAAGGAAACAACCAGCUCAGUGGCUUGUCUUGUCUCAAGUGAAUUUGAGUCAUUUCUAGAGCCUAGUGCUUCAGAAACUUCAAAAUCUGAGUUACUUAUCUACCUAGAUGAAGCGAACCACCCAUUACAAGAUAAGAAUUUCAACUUACUUCACUAUUGGAAGGUGAAUGCUCUUAGAUUUCCCAUUGUGUCUAGUUUGGCAAAGAAGUUCUUAGUUGUCCCAGCUAGCAGCGUAUCAUCUGAGUCCACUUUCAGUUGUGGAGGUAGAGUUCUUGAUGACUAUAGGAGUUCUUUAAAGCCAGCUACAGUUCAAGCACUAGUUUGUGCAUCUAGUUGGAUACGAGGUUCUAAAAGUCCUCAUAUUAUUCUGGGAGAAGAUGCUGAUGAUGGUGACAUUGAGAGUGUGGAGCUUUCCAGCAGUGUGGUAAAAAGCAACUAGUAACAAGAUAUAAAGUGGGAAGAGAACUGAGACCUGUUGGUUGUGCUUGUGCGCCAUGACUGCUUCUGAGUUCUGACAGCUUACCUACAAACCUGAUUAGUGAUCAGUCUACUUUUCGAGCCGUAGCUUAUUUAUUUUGCUUCUUUUGUGAAUGCUUGGAUGAUGGCUAAACUGUGAUGGGUCGCCUUUAAACUUUGACGUAUUGUGGAUCAAUCGAUGGAAUGAAUAAAUUCUCUUUUGUUAAAUUUAUAUGUA